GAACAUUAGAGUCUUUAUACCUCUCAUCUUUUGAUGUCAGUAAAAUUACUGCCAAUGCAACUGUUGUACAGGAGUAUUUAAGAUUAUACAGAUCUCUAUCAGAUAACACAGAUUAAACCUAAAUUACAUUUCCUUUGGCUAAUUGUAUUCAGUGUGUUGGCACUCCCACGUGUCCAUCUCAACUCUUUUAUUCCAAGUAUAAUCUUCCCAUAGUAAAACACUCAAAUGACUUCGAUUUUUUCUAUUUUUAAAGCAUUAUCUCUUUUCUGUCAAGUAAUAUUGAUCCCAAUAGUAAAUAUCUAGUCAAACAUGCAGUUUUGAUUCAAUUGAAACAAAAGCUUAAAUAGUAGGCAGUAGAACUUACAUAUAUCACAGAUUAUUUCUAGUGGUAUUUAGCAUUAUAUGAAAAUUACAUGAAGUUCAAUGACUAAAACGUAAAACUGUAUCAUACACAUCAAACAAGCAAAAUUCAUAGUAUCAAAAGAUAAGAUUUUUUUCUCAUUCAUUUAUCAUCUCUACAUUCUCAUACUUUCAAUGCUUCUAAUAGUUUUCUAUUGAAAAACAUUUAAUUCCAACUCAUUGAUAUCAGGAUAAUUUAUUACUUUGUGCAUCAACAACGUAAAAUAUCAUUGUUCACUACUCAUUCUGGCAGAGUUCAACAUAGUGCCAAAUGAUAAUAAAAUUGCAUGUAUAAUCAUGUAAUUCACAAACAAAAUCUGUUGUGCAAGUGUGUCAACGUGCCAAAUACAAUUACCCAUUUAUUUUGUGUCAAAAUGUAUUUUUCCUUUAAUGAAUUUCUUUUUUCAAAAUAAUUUACAAAUUAAGAUAUUAUUACCAGGUAAGUGCUGAUAAUCAGGUAAUUAAAAAAUUAUCCAAACAGGAAAGAAAUUAAAUGUUUCUUGUGAUGAUUCUUAUUAAGAAUAAUCCUUGAUUUUUUUGUAUGUUAUAUCAUUUCAUACUUUUUUUUUCAGGAAAUGUCAACACUUUAUCCUCCCUAAAUGCUAUGGAAGGUGAAUUUCACAUGCGGAACUUCAUCACAGCCAAAAUAUUGAAAGUCGAAAGCCCAAUCAAAUACAAAAACAAAAAAAGUGAGGAGGGAACUAUGUUGAAAGCACUCAUUGCAGACGAAACAGCAUCAGCUAAAUGUUUAGCUUAUGACCCAAAGAUGUUCCCUUUAUUCCAAAAGGAUGAAUGCAUUGUAUUACAUGAUAUUAUUAAAAAAACAGAUGGGGUUUUAAUCAUUACGCAUGGGUCUACAGUUUUCGCAACAGCCAAAGACACUGUCACUGUUCCAGCUACAAUACUUAGUGCAGUUCAAGAAGCUUCAGAAUCCAAGGAUGUCAGUAUUCUUAUAGCAGCAACAUCACCAGUCAAACAAGAAUUUAGUGUGAAAGGAAAAGUAGUCAGUGUUGGACAAUUGACAACAAAGAGAAAGAGGUCAAGCAAUGAAGAAAUUCCUUUCAAGCAGUUGAAGUUGAAAGACAAAUCCAGCUCUAUUAAAGUAGCACUUUGGAGGGAUUUAGCCACCACACCCAUAGAAAAGGGAAAUUAUAUCCAUCUCAAAAUUUUUUAUAAAACUUCUACAUUUGACUCCAAGAAAGAAGACCAAGUUCCAGUUUUGUCAAAUUCAACAAACAAAUCAGCUGUACUGUUCCUCCAGCCUCACUCAGACAUUUCUUCUUCCGAAGAAGACAUUCCAGAAGAAGACAACAACCAUGUCGGUCAGAUAUACGGCAUACAGAACAUUUACACCUACAGAUGCUGCAUUAAUGAAAAAUGUACAAAGAAAAAGAUCAACGAAAUGAUGACCUGCACAAAUUGGCAUAUCAAAUACAGUGACACUAGUGCCGGACAUGCUGUUGUUGUUAAACUUCUAAUGAAGAACAGCAGAAAUAAUAUGCAGAUUUUCACAGCCUUUACAGAUGCCAUUGAACAACUAUUCACAUCAAUGGGGAAAACUGCAAACUUUUCUGAUGCCGUAAUACUCCUCCAAACCUUUAAAGAACUCUUACCAGUUCCUGUGAAAUACACCCCAAAGGGUGACAAAAUUUCCUCAUUGCAAGCUGUUUAGACAGUAAACUUUCCAUUCAUUCUUCUGUCAAGCAUUUAAAAACUUUCAAUCCCACAUGUAAGUUUUGUAGUACACUGUACAUUAUUGUAUUGAUAUGUAAAACCUAUUUUAAAAAUGACACUAAUUGUACAUGCUGAAGAUCAAAAGGAUUUCUGUUUUUCCAUUUGAAAGUAGAAAACAUUUCUUUGAUUUCUUUUUUUUAAAUUCAUUGCUGUCAUCAUGAUCAUAUUGACUAGUUAUUCCAUAUAUCUUGAUGUUCUCUUCAUUGGGCUGUCAACUUUUCAAACCAUCACCAUUUAAAAUAAAUUCAAUUAUGUGGAAAAAGCUUGAACAGUUUCAAUCUCGCAGGGAAGUUUUAUACAUAAUACAUUAUUGUAUUGAUAUGUAACCUAUUUGAAAAUUGCCACUAAUUGUACAUGCUGUAGAUCAAAAGGAUUUCUUUUUUUUCAAUUUGAAACCAAAAUAGGUUUCUUUGCUUUCUUUUUUUUUCAUUGUUGUCAUCAUUGUUAUAUUGCCUAGUUAUUCCAUUUAACUUGACUUUCUUUUAUUGGACAGUAUCGCAUGUGCCAUUAUUGACAGCUAUUUUUGAUGAGACUUGUACAUUUAAGCAAGCUACUCCAGACUAAGGAGCAUUGAUCCUGUAAAAUGUGUAAGCUACUAUAAAGGUACAGUGUAUUGGUCAAAUACAUGUACAUGAUUCAUGUUUUUAAGACUAUAAUUUUAUUGUGUAUAUCCUCCUCUGCAUUGCUUAUGUCGAGAAUGAAAACAAUUGCAAAAAAUGUUGCAGUUAAAUAUAUAUGUUGCAAUUUCAAUCUU